AUGCUUGAAUCGCGCCAGAAGAUCCACGGCUACGUGACCCGCGUGGGCGACGGCGACAACUUUCGCAUGUACCACACGCCGGGCGGGAUCAUUUUGGGCUGGGGUUGGCUCCGUGGUGUGCCGCGCAAGGUCCCCACCGAGGAAACGUUGAUGGUCCGAUUAUGCGGGGUCGACGCGCCCGAGCGGGCCCACUGGGGCAAACCUGCGCAGCCCAUGAGCGAGGAGGCGUUGCAGUGGCUCCGCAGCUACAUCGCCGGACGAUACGUUACUGUGACACCCUACCUGAUUGACCAGUACAAGCGCGUCGUGGCGCGAUGCCAAGUUUGGAAGUGGAAUGGGUUGAGGGAUGUUCUGGCGGAGAUGUUGCGCAACGGCGUGGGCGUGGUCUACGAGGCGAAAACGGGUGCCGAGUUUGGUGAUAACGAGGCGUGGUAUCGCAAGUUGGAGAAUAGAGCUAAAAAGUUGAAAAGGGGCGUGUGGAGCUUGGGUUCGAAGAUGGUGACUCCUGGUCAAUACAAAAAGGUCUAUUAUCGUGGGGAAUAG